ACUCACACCCGAAAGUCGUAAGACAGGAUUGAGGCAUCUCACAAACGAGGACUAGACCAACUCAGGCAAAAUGGUGAAAGUAGGUGUCAAUGGAUUCGGCCGUAUCGGGCGUCUGGUGACCCGUGCUGCAUUCCACUCCAAGAAGGGAGUUGAGAUUGUGGCCAUCAACGACCCCUUCAUCGACCUGGACUACAUGGUCUACAUGUUCAAGUAUGACUCCACCCACGGACGUUUCCAUGGUGAGGUCAAGGCUGAGGGUGGCAAGCUGGUCAUCGAUGGACACAAAAUCACUGUGUUCCACGAGAGAGACCCAGCUAACAUCAAGUGGGGAGAUGCUGGUGCCACCUAUGUAGUUGAGUCAACAGGUGUCUUCACCACCAUUGAGAAGGCCUCUACCCAUCUGAAGGGUGGUGCCAAGAGGGUUGUCAUCUCCGCUCCCAGCGCUGAUGCACCCAUGUUCGUCAUGGGCGUCAACCACGAGAAGUACGAUAACUCCCUCAAGGUUGUCAGCAAUGCUUCAUGCACAACCAACUGCCUGGCUCCCCUGGCCAAGGUCAUCCACGAUAACUACCACAUCAUUGAGGGUCUGAUGAGCACAGUUCACGCCGUCACCGCCACCCAGAAGACUGUUGAUGGUCCUUCUGGAAAGCUGUGGAGGGAUGGACGUGGCGCCAGCCAGAACAUCAUCCCUGCCUCCACCGGAGCAGCCAAGGCUGUCGGCAAGGUCAUCCCCGAGCUGAACGGCAAGAUCACUGGCAUGGCCUUCCGUGUCCCCACCCCCAACGUCUCAGUGGUGGACCUGACCGUCCGUCUGGAGAAGCCUGCCAGCUACGACGCCAUCAAGAAGGUUGUCAAGGCUGCCGCUGAUGGACCCAUGAAGGGAAUUCUUGGAUACACGGAGCAACAGGUUGUGUCUUCAGACUUCAACGGCGACACCCACUCCUCCAUCUUUGAUGCCGGCGCUGGCAUUGCUCUGAACGACCACUUCGUCAAGCUGGUUACAUGGUAUGACAACGAGUUCGGCUACAGCAACCGCGUCAUUGACCUGAUGGCUCACAUGGCCACCAAGGAGUAACGCAACCAACC